UCGCUUGUUGGGUUGGUUUCGUCAUGUACACACGGCGAGCGGUGGAGCGUGAGGGUAGACAUAAAUAGCCUCCCAGAUGCCAGAAUGUUGUCACCAAGACCACAGCGCAUCCACGAUCAUCAGAUUCCGACUUAGUAGCCCCUUAAACCAGAGAGCCCGCCUCAAGCGUCUAUCUUCACCAUGUCUGGGGACUGCAUCGAUAAGCACAAUGUCCAAGGCGACAUCUGGCCUGGACUAUCGAAGAAGUAUGAAGAUUUUCACUUCUUCCGCAUACUCAAUGUGGAAAGGUUCAAAAGUCACCUCAGUAGCUUCAUCCCACACAUAACCGACUGUGAGAAGGCAAUGCAGGACAAAGGCCUGAUCAGACAGCACAAGAUUGCUGUUGCCCAGGGGACUGAAUCCCCCAAGUUGCUCGACGUGGUUGGAGUCAACAUCUCCUUCACUAGCAAAGGCUUGGCUUUGCUGGGCAAGCGCGACAUUCAGAGCAAGGCGUUUGAGAUUGGUCAAUUGGCUGACAUGACCGACACUGCCAAUGGUGGUCGUGACAAAGCAACGGACUGGAUGGAUGAGUUCAAGAACAAAGAGAUACAUGGCCUCAUCAAUAUUGGUGGCAGCAGCAAAGACAUUGUGGAGAAGAAGUGGAAAGACAUUCAAGCCCUUUUCGUUGGACGCUUCAAAUUUACCACCAGCAUUGAGGAAGUCGUAGUCCUCUCUGGAAAGGACAGAGAUGCUCCCAAUGGAAGCAAAGAACACUUUGGGUACGAGGACGGUAUCUCGCAGCCGAAGAUUCAAGGAUUGGACCGGCCGGAGGAGGGAGAGAAAGCCCCGCCACUGAUCCCUCCCGGGAUCUUCUUCCUCGGCCACCGGGGGCAGCCUAUCUGCCAACCUGACUGGGCCCACGAAGGCAGCUUCCUCGCAAUUCGGAAACUGCAAUGCAUGGUUCCAGAGUUCGACAAAUAUCUGGAAGACGAGGCUAAAAAACAUAACCUCACUAGCGAACAGCUCGCGGCGAGGUUUAUGGGACGAUGGCGGAGCGGAGCCCCAAUUGAUAUGGCCCCAGACCAGGACAAUCCCGCCUUGGCUCACAGUAACAACUUCGAUUUCGACCCAGCGGACACCCAAAGCCGAUGCCCAUUUGCCGCGCAUAUUCGGAAGUCACGGCCGCGCGCCGACAUUGAAGAUCGCUUCACUCGUUCCAUCUUCCGCCGUGGUAUCACCUAUGGACCCGACGUGACCGAACAGGAGAAGAAGGAUCAUAAGACGACGGUAGACCGUGGAAUCUUCUUCAUGGCCUACUCUAGCGACAUUGACAACGGAUUCUCAUUCAUGCAAAAGAAGAUGAUUAAUAACAACCAGUGGCCCGAGCGAGAGCAAGCUACUGGGCCCGAGGGAGCCGGGCUCGAUCCGUUCUGCGGCCAGGCUGUGCCCCCAGGCCCACCCAAGUUCUGUAUGGUGGAUGGCGACAAGAAGACUGUUCAUGUGUCUUUGGAUAAUUGGGUGGUCGCUCGAGGCGGCGAGUACCUCUUCGUGCCUCCCAUCAAAUUCCUCAAGACCCUCAGCAAAUCCACGUAGGGCUCUGGGUUGUGGUUGGCAGGAGGUCCGGGAGCUGCUGGCUACCCGCGUGAGGAAUGGAAAGGCCUACAGAAGUGGUGGGGCAGCCCCCUGCAUCUUGAACAGUAUAUGAAUAGGAAACGGUAUUUUGUUGUUUUGCUCUAGUUGUAUAGUUGUCUCCUAUUUUCUAGGCAAUGUAUUUCGGGUUUGUCACGAGAUUGCCACCAU